GCAAAAGCCUUCCAAUCAGUGAAUUGGUUUAUUCGGGGUAUUGUAGUUUCUCUUCUUCAUUGUACAUCCUCCUUUCUCAUUCCAAUAAGAGACGACAGGCAAUUUGAAAUAUGACAGGCGUACCAUUACGCUCACAUAAGCUCUUCAUCGGACGAGCAACCUGGUGAGGGGCAAUUUAGUGGUCUGAAGAGGACCGUUUACUGUUCACUUCUUGUAAUCUUAAGCAGAAAAUCAAUUUUACACUUAGAUGGAUCCACAACUUCAUGCCAUGAAUGGGUCCAAGACCAGCAGCAGUUUUACCGUCAAAGACAUUUUGGACCUACCCAAGGGGAAGCCGUCUUGUAGCCCCGUGGAUAGUUCAACCAACACCGUUAACGCAGCUUCCCUGAACAGUAUCCCCUCCGUGCCGGAAGUGCCGGACAUUACUAGUGUUGGUGGCUAUUAUGACGCAGACAAUCCGUAUACACGCUGGUUACAUACUAACGAAAACAUGAAUUAUUCACAGCUUGGACACCUGAACUCGCCCGGCAAUUCUAGUCACUCCAGUGACGUUUCUAACACGGAGAGUCAGUCUACUAUGAAUAAUUCGAACACAUUGGUGAAAUCCGAAACAAAUGACGAGGGACAGUGCGAUGGAAACAGUGAAAAUGGUGAUGGAAACGCCUCCCAUAACCAAGACAGCCAGAAAAAGCGAAAACGCAGAGUUCUUUUUUCCAAAGCUCAGACUUACGAACUGGAAAGAAGAUUUCGACAGCAGAGAUAUCUUUCCGCCCCUGAACGAGAGCAUUUGGCUAGCAUUAUCCGACUUACACCCGUACAAGUGAAAAUAUGGUUCCAGAACCACCGGUACAAGUUAAAGCGGGCAAGACAGGAGAAAGGUCUAGACUUGAACCCCCUACCCUCACCACGGAGGGUAGCUGUACCAGUCCUAGUGAGAGACGGAAAACCAUGUCAGCCGCCAAUGAGCGGUUCUAUGAUGAAAUCACAAGAACAGUUAGAAAUGCAAACAAAUAUAGGAUCUUCUGUGAAUAUGAACAGUGCUCUGUCUCAAAUGAACGGUAUGUCCUCUAUACCGGGCAUGAAUAAUGCUGGUAUGCCUCCUAUGAACUCUUUGAAUUCUUCUUCCAUGUCAAAUAUGAAUAAUAUGAACAUGAAUAUGAGUUGCUCAUAUAAUUCGAUGAACUCAAUGAAUUUGAACAUGAACAAUAUGAAUGUUCUUCCCAGCUACAGUUACCCUUUAAUGCAGCAUCAAACCCGCUGGUGGUAGCGAAACACUAAUCAAGAUAUAAGUGCUUUACAAACUGGCAUGUGCUACCUAAAGUCUGUAAAACCUUCAGAUAAACUUGUGUUUUAGAGGAAAUAGAUCUGUAGAGAAUAUCAAAUCUGCCGAUGACGGUUUUUCAGGUAAAAUUGAAUGUUUCAAUUUUGGGAUGUGAUUCCGUUUGAAAAGUGCUUUAGAUAUGUGGAGAAAUGCAUUGAUCUUUUACAAUCAACUUUCGAUAUAUAUUUUUGUUAAUUUUAUAUAGUGCUUAUUUUUCAUUAUAUUUCGUUCUACGCAAAGAUCUUGACUUCGAUGUUCUGUCUUUUUGGACAGAAAUAAAGUUCUGUAAGAACUCAUCUCAAGUUCAUUUUUUCUAAAUUUGGUACCAGUCGGUGCAUAUCGAGUAACAAGGUACGUUGUAUCCACGAUAGAAAAUAUAUUAGUACCUCUGUUCCUCUUUCAUUUGAGUUUUACUUCCUCAUGUAAUUUUUUUUUAAACACAUGCAUUUUAUUUCCACUCAAAAAUAUUAAGACACUCAAGCAAUAUUUUUUAAAUUCAAUUUUAUUAUAGACCUUUGAAUUAUGUUCAUCCCAAUUCUGUAUAUGAUAUGAAAAUCAGUAUAAAUAAAAAUCUCCUUCAAAUGGUUUUAAUGCCCAACUUUGUUAAAUGCAAUAACAAAGAAAUUCAUAUUCUAUUAAUUAAAAAAAACUGUUUAGAAUUUAUAUGCAGCCAUUAGUUUGAAAUCAAUUAUAAAUUUAGGGAAAUUUGACGAUAUUCAAAAGUAAAUUUUAAGGAUUUAAUAGAUAUUUUAAAAAAUAUAUUAGGAAUUUAAACAAAAAAAUACGUUACGUCGGAUUUAACAAUAGAGAACAUUUUAGGCAAUAAUACACAAUACUAUAGAGGUAGAUGUUUAUUUAACAAUGUAUUGGAUUAAUCUAUCCAAGUACUUGAAAUCUUAUUAUUUAUUUAUGUUCUGGUGUUAGAAACAUUGCCAAAGAGACCUUGCUUUGUUUUUGUUGGAGGCAGGCAAAACCCAACUCCAUCUGAAUUAAAAAUUGUCAUUUAUUAUGUAAAUGACGCAAUAAAAAUAUGCAGUUGUA